GGCGGUGCUUCCUUCUCCCGGCAGAGCAGGCGCGACCGGCAGCGGCAGCAGCGUGGAGAGGAGGGCCUUCCGCAGUUGCCCUUUCCCCACUGCUGCAAUCUCUUGAAACAUAAUCUCUCUCCYGCAUAAAAGAUUUGCUGUCUCAAUGGAAGUGGUACCAGCUUGGGCCCCAGCAGUAGGUUUCACACUCCUGCCCCAUGCAGGAGGAUUUUUAGGAAGCAGUAUAACCAAAAAGGAAAUCCCAACAUGGUAUGAAACUCUACAGAAGCCAUCCUGGUGUCCACCUAACUGGGUGUUUGCUCCUGUUUGGGGAACUCUCUAUACAUCUAUGGGAUACGGCUCCUACCUGGUGUGGAAGGAACUGGGGGGCUUCAAUGAAAAGUCAGUGGUUCCUCUGGGUCUAUAUGCAGGGAACCUGGCAUUAAACUGGGCAUGGACUCCAAUAUUUUUUGGAGCUCACAAAAUGGGAUGGGGGUUGGUGACUCUCCUGCUCACAACUGGUACAGCAACAGCUACAGCUGCUUCCUGGUACAACAUCAACAAAACAGCAGCUUAUUUGAUGGUUCCUUAUUUAGCUUGGCUAAGCUUGGCUUCUGCACUCAAUUAUCGGAUCUGGAAGGACAAUCGCAACAAGGAAAAACCUGAAUAAGCAGUUUUCAGCCAAAACCAUUUUUUUCUCAAUAGGUUUUUUUAUAUAAAAUUAUGGCCUUAUUUUAUUUUUAUCUGAACUACUUCUACCAUUAGUUUUCUAAUUAGAAGUUGACAAAACAAAUACACCUUUAUUAGGCAACCCACAAGGGGUUGAAUUUCUGAUUGGGUUUUACAGCAAACUAAAAGUCCUGAUUGGAAAGUACUGGUGCCCUAUAACAGCAUUAUAUGCUACAUGACAACAGCAUUUUAACUGUUACCAGAAGAAAGCAGGAACUCAAACUCCCUUAUAUUCAGAACAAGAAAUCCAGCCACACACUAACAGAGUUUCCAGAAUGGUGUCCCAAACAGUGACAGGCAUAAUUGUGGCAUGAAUCUUCUGUUUACCACUAGGCACAGCGCUUUAGUGCUAUGAUGUGUCCCACUAGAGCUACCAGGUAUUUGUCUUCUGGUCAGUGUACUCCAGAAAUGUUUAAGAAGAGCUCUUUUUAACAAUUUGUGCCUUCCACUUUGAAGAACUGUAUAUUCUAGUGUCAGACAAAUGCAUUAAAUUACAUGUAAACUUA